GUUCAGUCCUCUCAUGCUUCAUCUGGCAAUGCUCAACACAUCAAAAAGAUGUCAGUAUGCCAGCUCGAGAUUGAUCAUCAUUUUUUCUUCGUUUCAGAUUUCGAACUUUGGAUAUCUCAGCGAGCGAAGCUUUACGUCUGCCAUACUAACCAUUUGUUAAUUGUUUCAUCUUCAUAGACAUAGACUUAGACAUGAUUCUAGCAGAUCAAUAUCAUACCUGCUAAGUCAGCUGGAAGCAACAAGAGGAACAUCUUCAAGUCUUUUAUCGAAUUCGUUGUUUAAUCUCGACGACCACCUCGUUGUCCUCUAGUACUUAUCCUUAUCGGACUUAGAAGAACAGGAGUUCUCGUCCUUGUUGUCCUUUACUUCUUCUUUUAGAGUACUUCUUGUCACGAACACGAGAACGCGAGGAAGAAAAGAAUGUCGGGAACUCUUCAAAGUGCGGGCACGGUAAUACCUAUGGCACUUGUGAACAAGUGUAUAGGCCAGAGGAUAUGGGUCAUCAUGCGUGGAGACAAGGAAUUAGUCGGGACACUCAGAGGCUUCGAUGAUUUCGUCAACCUCGUAUUGGACGACGUGAAGGAGUACCAUACAACUUUAUGGUUUACUACUUUGCUAGGAUAAUGUACUAGUUCGUAGAGUUCGCCCCAUCUUCACCAGACCGAGACCACCAUCUUCAUGUUGUACACGACUUUGUCAUUCCAGAUUUAUCAAUUUCAUGUUUUACACAUUCAGUGAAUCAUGUUUUACUCACAUUCCAACAUCAGGUACACUUUCACCGGCGAAGGACGAACAGAGACGAAGUUAGACUCCAUACUGCUGAACGGAAAUAAUGUGACAAUGCUUGUACCUGGUGGUGAGCCUGUUGCUUAACAGACACCUUCUGGCACACUGAUUCUUCAAAGCGCUUUUACACCUAAUGAAUUCAGGUUAUAAUGCUUUUCCACCCUCGCUCUCCCACCUUCAGACCCUGAGUGACGCUCUCCCUUCUUCUCAUAAGUUUUACGCUUUAUUCUACAAACGCGCUGCAUGAGAUGAAAAUAUAUCAGGGAUAUGAGUGCUAAUUG